GGCUCAUAAAAUCAGGUACGUCACGGGUCUUUCUAUAAAGAGAUACACAAUUGCGCGUGCGUCAAUUUGCUAGUCGUUCUUCUUGACACGCAAAAAUCACCCCGCUCUGGUUUGCUUUAGUGAAUCUUACUUUUUCAGAAUGCAGCAAGGCAACAAUCCAAGGCCAUCUUAUGGCGCUCCACCACAGAAGAGGUUCAGGAACGCUAAUGGAGGGGCUAACAACAGGAGAAAGCAGCCUAACUUCUCUGCUGACAUAGUGUUCACCACCAAGGCGGGAAAUGUGCAGACCAUCCCAUCCUUGACCAAACAGUUGAAGGCCAUCACUGGUGAGACUGUCAUUGGUCUUCAGUAUGUGUGGGAGUACCGCAGUCCCAGUAAGUCAGUCCCGCCGCAUUACCAGUGUAAACUCUGCAAAGUGAGCCGUCUGCAGACUGACAUGCUGGCUCACAUCAAGGGCUGGAAGCACUCCUUUAGAUACAUGAAGCAAAAUCAUUCUGCCAAGAUUCCCUUUGAGGAAGAUGCUGCCACAAAGGACCAUGACGUGAGGAAGAAGGUGAAAAAAGCAGCAGCAGAGCUGGAGAAGGCAGAGGGCAGGGGACAGCUGAAGGUGAUUCUGAAGGAGCCCAGUGAGGUCCAAGCGUUUGCAGGACUGCGUUCAGCAAUCCCCAACAUGGGGCCACCAGGAGGGAUGGGAGGGCCAGGAGGGAUGGGAGCUAGAGGACCAAAACCAGGUGGCAGGUUUGCAGAGCCUCUGUUCCCAGGGGAGUUCCCUCUCAAAGGUGGCCUCCUCAACUACCCCAUGGGUGGUAUGGGGGGCUACUCUGACCCCCUGUCUCGCUCCACUCCCUCUACGGCCUUCCAGAAAAGGGACAUGAGCUUCCGAGGCUACCCUGACAAUACGGGGGGGCUGGGGGGUUCAGCCGAUGGCUUUGGGCUGGGAAGGGACGGAGGCUUUGGCCAGGAGGGGCUGUUGGGGGAGAGUCCGGGAAGCUGCUACCCUGAUGAGUUCAGAGGGGGACAGAUGGGAAGUGGAUCAGGCCAAGGGUUGAUGGGAGCUGUACCUGAAACCAGCAGCCUUCCGUCCACGCUACUCAAAUACCUGGACAAUUUCCGGAUCGAGAACGAGAGUGAUGCUCAGAUCGUGCUGAAGGUGACACAGAAGCUGACGGAUGUCCUAAUGGACUACAGACUUAGGAGUGUUUCCUCGCAGGGUCCUAGUAUGAAGAGCGGUUUGUCGCUGGGCUCCAUGAGCUACUCUGAUUCUCCCAGAAUGUCUAGCGGUAGUGACCGCUUCUCAGGUGGCUUCUCUGGGAACCUCUCCGGCCCUUCCAGAUACUCUGAUGGUCCAUCCAGGUACUACAACUAACUGAUCCAUCCCCACGUGACACAUCCACCUUCCUGGGGUAACCCAUCCUCCGCCUCACCCCCAAGAUAUACCCCGAGUCCAUGGGGUUUGCAGCUGUCUGUCUCUCCACUGAAGAUGAUUUUUAUUUUAUAUAGCUAUAAUUUUCCUUCAAAGCAGAAACUGAUACAAUUGUGUACUUAUUAGUGCUGACUUUGUUUUUACAACUUCUUUUGACAUUAAUAGGUUGGACCAAAGUUUGACUUUUAGAUUUGUUAACCAUUGUCUGUAUUCAUGUGAAUUUGGCAUAUUUUACUGGGGUUUCUUGGAUGAAUCUUGUCUGUUUAGAAAUUAAGUGUUUGAUAGAAAACAAGUAAUGAUUAGGGAAACAGAUGUUUGGUGGUAAAAUGGGUUACUGAUCUACUGACUGUUGUUUGAGUUGGGCUUGUCAUCGCUGUUUUUCUCCACACCUGGCUUCACCUGCGACUAGCCACCCUGACAGCUGAUGAAACCGUGGAGUAUUUCUGUCUGUAUUAAAGCCAAAAUGGCUGGGCCUGAACGGAAUCCCAGGAUGUGUGGUGCAUUUGGAAAGUAUUCAGACCCUGACUCUUUCCACAUUUUCUUACAUUACAGCUGUAUUUUAAAAUGUAUUAAUCUACACACACACAACCCAAUAAGUAAAAACAGGUUUUUAGAAAUGUUUGCAAAUGAAUUAAACUGAAAUAUAUUUGCAUAAGUA